UUGCCUAUCGCACCUGUGAUGGGUGCCCGUGUCGAUGUAGCGUUCUUGUAUGUUUAGAGUUGCAGUAUCAGUGAUCUCAUGCAUCCGUAAAAAUCCAGAAAUCAGGCAUAUAUCGCGGAUCCACGUCAUGGCAAGCGUGGAAGAAAGAAAGAUAAGUGCCAUAGUUGGGGCACUGGUGGCAGAUGCUGCAGCUCAACCUAUACACUGGAACUAUAAGACCGUCGAGCUGGAUGAGUUUCUAAAGGACAAAGAUGAAGUUGUAUUCUUAGAACCAUCCAGAAAUCCUUUUUACUGUAUCAAGACAGGAAAGCACAGUUGCUAUGGAGACCAAUCCAGAACCAUCCUGAAGUCACUGGUGGAAAAUGGGGGUGUCAAUAUUGAAAAAUUGAAGAAAUCCAUGUUUGAGAUGUUUGGCCCAGACUCAGAGUAUGAAAAUGAAGAUAAUGCUGCUUAUAAAGACAAAUCAGAUGUCGUGAAGAAGGUGUAUCCUAUCAAUACUCCUUGGAGACAUGCCAGUAUCAAGUCAUUCCUGAAAAAUUACAGUGAAGGAGCUGAAAUUACAGGGAUUGAAGAUAAUCAGAUGGACUGUGUUAUCAAUAUGAUCAGUGUGGUGGCCCUUUAUGCAGGGAGGCCAGAGAUGCUAGACAAAGUAGAGGAAAUCAUUUCUGUUACUCAGAACUCAGAUAUCAAUGUAGCUGUGGCCUUCACUGCAGCUAGGUUACUGGAAUACUUCAUCCUCCAUGGGAAGACACCUGGUUUGGAUGCCUUAAAUUCCAUUUUGGAGGAGAUGAAGAAUCCUCAAAGACGGAACCCCCAGGAUCUAGACAGAGCCAUGAUAGGUCACAUGAAAAAAGUUAUAGAGGAGAAGGAAACUGAUCAUGUGGCUGCUGCCCGGAAAUUCAACAUCACCUGAGCAAUACCUGGGGCCUUUCAGUCUGCUGUGCAUGGUGUGAUUACUAACACCGAGUACACGACUGGGGUCCGUCGUACAAUCCGAGCAGGGGGGUGUAACUGUUCCAGGGCCGGAUUCAUUGGAGCAUGUCUAAGUGCUCAGAAUGGUUUACAAGGAAUUCCAGAAGAAUGGAAGAGGAAGACACUAUCAUAUGAAGAAGUUUCUGAGCUGGCCAACAAAUUAAUUGCAAUUCAGUUAGAGUAAUUUAAGAACUUUAAGAAAUUCAAAGUGAAUAUGAAAUAUAUCUUUUUUUUUUUUCAAAAUUUAAUAUAUAUAUAUAAAAAAUCAGUUUGAUUUUAUUUUUAUUGGAUGUUGUAUUGGUUAAUUUUUCUGCCUCAUAUAUACUUUUGGUUUGAAUUUUUUUGUUCAGCAACCAAAUGAGUGGGUGGAUUAAAUGAUGUAGACAUGUAUUAAUUUUAAGAAGACAUUGAAGCACAGAUGUGCCUAUAGGGCAGCAGUAUUUAUUCAAACAAUGACAAUAAAUACAUGUAUCAUGACUUUUGAAUGGUUAUUUUCUGAAUUUAGCACACAGAUCAACAGAUAAAUGAAAAUCUCUUCUAAAUCCUGUACUAAGGGUGAUCAGAUUUGAUGUGAGACACUGCUUAUCUGUGUGUUAAUUUUAGAUGUUCCAUUAAUGUUGUUUCUUUUUAAACCUAUUUCAGUGAUACUUUUUAAGUUUUAAAAGUGUCUUCCUUCAAGAUAAGAAAGGAGAAUGGUUUUGAAAAAUAUAUUGUUGCUAGAAUGAUUGUUUUUAUAAUGUAUACAUUGUUGAAAUGUUCUGUUCUAAUACACAUACUCAGGACUACAAA